UUUAUACAAGUCAAUCAAUCUAGCAAAACUUCCAGAACAAACCAUGGAUAAAUUAUUCUUGGCGUCCUUUCUUGGAAUACUAAUAACGGCACAUGGAGUUGCAGGAAACAUGGUAUGUGAUGAUGAUAUUGGCAUGCUCGAAGAACUAGAAAGCUUGGAGAUAGAAGAAGAAAAUGAGAUGGAACUUUCCCCCAUCCCGGCAUGGACCAGUGAACGUGGUAGCAAGGUUCUUGUGAAUGUGGAUAGCUUUGGUGCAGUUGGAGAUGGAGUUUCUGAUGAUACCCAGGCUUUCUUAGAAGCAUGGGACAUUGCCUGCUCUACUCCAAAAUCAGUUCUUUUGGUGCCUGAAGGAGGACUUUAUCUUGUUAAUGCAACAAGAUUUAAGGGGCCAUGCUCAGAAAAAUUAGUGAUCCAGAUUGAAGGAACAAUAAUAGCUCCAGAUGAGCCAGAAAACUGGGAUCCAGAGCUCCCACGAGUAUGGCUUGAUUUUUCUAAACUAAAGGGAGUCAUUUUCCAAGGAGAUGGAGUUAUUGAUGGCUCAGGAAGCAAAUGGUGGGCAUCAUCUUGCAAAAGAAACAAAACUAACCGUUGCAGGGGGGCGCCAACGGCACUAACUAUAGAUUCAAGCUCAGCUAUAAAGGUGAAAGGCCUCACUAUCCAGAACAGCCAACAGAUGCAUUUUGUUAUUUCCCAGUCUGAUUCUGUGCGCAUUUCUGGGGUACAAGUCUCGGCUCCAGGAGACAGUCCCAACACUGAUGGAAUCCAUAUCACUGAAUCAACCAAUGUUCUUAUCCAAGAUUGCAAAAUUGGAACAGGGGAUGACUGCAUCUCAAUUGUCAAUGCUAGCUCCAAUAUCAAGAUGAAGAGAAUCUACUGUGGACCUGGACAUGGAAUCAGCAUUGGAAGCCUUGGAAAAAACAACUCCACCGGCAUAGUCACGAAGGUCCUCUUGGAUAAAGCAUUCCUCAAGGAGACUACCAAUGGCCUCAGGAUAAAGACCUGGCAGGGAGGUUCUGGUUAUGUUCGCGAAGUAAUGUACCAAAAUGUGAGGAUGGACAAUGUAUCAAACCCCAUCAUUAUUGAUCAGUUCUACUGUGAUUCUCCGAAAACUUGUCAAAACCAGACGUCAGCUGUGAAUAUAAGCCAGAUCGUCUACCGGGACAUUAGUGGAACUACAAAGAGUGAAAAGGCCAUGCAAUUUGCUUGCAGUGACACAGUUCCAUGCAGGGAUAUAGUCCUUAGCAACAUUAACUUAGAGAAGAAAGAUGGCACGGUAGAGACAUACUGCAACUCUGCCCAAGGCUUUGGCUAUGGAACUGUGCAUCCUUCAGCUGAUUGCCUAUCUUCCAAUGACAAGGAAUGUGUCUUUAUCAAUCAGGAAGAAAAUCUUGAAGAUGCAGGAACCAGCAGAGAGCAUAUUGUUCACACUGAGCUCUGAGUCUGACUUAGCUCUCUAUUAGGACUUAAAUAACAACCAUAGUAUACCAAACCGGGUAAAUGGAUUUUAGGGUCACCACUCGAGAUUUCUAAAGGGAAGUUGAGGUGCCCAAAUCUCAAGGUAAAUUCUGCAUGUUAUGAUCAUAUAGUUAUAGUAUACGAAAAGCUGGGGUGGAACUAUUUCAGAGAAAACAGAAAGGAUUUGUGUUAUGCAGUUAAUACUGGAUAAAAGAAUUAAAAAUUUAAAGAA